UAAACGUAAAUUUUUUCCCGCAGAAAGAAGCGCGAAAGAAAGCGCACCCAGGGGGAAGGAAAAGGCGGGCCCUGCAUACUGUAAAAAACCGCUCCAUUCUCGAACACCAGUGUUUUGAUGGGUCGGCAUUACACGGUAUUACCAUGACAUUACACGCGUCGAGUUCCCUACUGAGAAACCAUGGAGAAACUCUGAUCGCACGUGAAUGCUAGUGAUGACAACUGAUCAUGCAUCGAUGCUGGCGCUUUUUUGUGGCUUGCCUGCCAGUGGGAAAACGACGCUGGUACAAAGCAUUUGUACUGCAUUGGAAAGUCGUGGAAUAGCGCCAACGCGCGGCUUGCCUUGGUACCCAUGUGUCAUUUGCUAUGACGAACUCGUGAGCACGGAUGCCCAAGCCGAAAUGGCGCACAAUAAAGGCCUCACUAAGGAAUCCCGUCAGCAUUUGCUUGAAGCAGCCGACCACUACAUCAGAUGGCUUCGUGGAGAGUUUUGUGAGCCGAGCUCUAUGUGUACAGGCCCUGUGAAGGAAAUGCUUAACCACUUAAAGACUGCAAGAAGGCAACUGCAACCUGAUGAGAAGCCUUUGAUUAUGGUUGAUGACAAUCUCUACUAUCGCAGCAUGCGGGCUGCAUGGUUCAGGCUGGCCCGGAAGUACUCUUUGGGCUUCUGCCAGGUAUUUCUGCUCUGCUCUACAGAAGAGGCAAUUAGAAGAAAUUCUACUCGGGUCUUACCUGUGCCUGAACUGACAAUUAAGACCAUGGUGCAAAAAUUUGAGCUGCCUCGCGAUGAACCUUGGGAACAGCACUCGGUAGCUGUUGAUGGAGGGCCAGGCAGCAUGGAGAAAGUAAUGGCCAUUCUAGAGACAGCAUCAAAAGAACCAUGGUCACCUGUGGAUACUGCGGGUUGCAUUACUGAACCAACACCUGCCAGUCAGAUUCACAUAUGGGACCUACAGCUUCGUGCCAUUGUGUCCAAGCUCAUCAGGCAAGCACAAGAAAAGUCGUCCAAGUCUGAGCUUCAGGCAUGCUGUCUCAGGAUUCAGAAGGCUCGCCAGAAUGUUCUAGACUACUUAAGAACUCUAGAUGUUUAUAAUGAAAAGGAGGAGGUGGACUUGGAAAGGCUCAUGCAAGUACAUCUUGACAGCAACACUGAAGGUGCAAGCUGACAAUUUGAUGCGUCUGAUCUUCCCUUUUUCUCUUUUAUUUUAUGUGUGUGUUUGUGCCGACAAUAUUAAAUGUACACAAAGUGGCAUAAAUAAAAGUGGCAUAAUAAAAGUAAUAAAAGUCGGUGCAUAAGCA